GAUAUGGCUUCAGAAAUCAUGUAUGCAGAAGUGAAGUUCAAGAAUGAAUCCAACUCCCCAGGCACCGACUCAAAUUCUGCUGCAGCUCCCGAAGUGAAGCCUACCCCUCAUCUAAGUAAGCCUGCUGGCCCCACGCUGCUUUUUACAUCUUUGAUGGCACUUUUCCUGCUGUUGGCUAUCUCAUUCUUAGUUGCUUUUAUCUUUUAUUUUCAAAAGUACUCUCAACUUCUUGAAGAAAAUAAUGCUUUAAGAGGUCUAAAUUACACAGAGUUGAGCUGCACAAAAGACCAUUCACUCAAAAAAGACAAGUUCUGGAGCUGUUGCCCAAAGGACUGGAAGCCGUUUAGUUCCCACUGCUACUUCAUUCCCACUGCCUUGGCAAACUGGAGCGAGAGUGAGGAGAAGUGCUCCAGCAUGGGCGCUCAUCUGAUGGUGGUCCACAGCAAGGAAGAGCAGGAUUUCAUCACCAAGAUCCUGAAUGUUCAUGAUGCUUAUUUUAUCGGUCUUUCGGAUCCAGGUCAUCGGCAGUGGCGAUGGGUUGAUCAGACACCAUACAAUGAAAGUGCCACGUUCUGGCACCCAGGUGAGCCCAACAACGACAAGGAACAAUGUGUUAUAGUAAAUCAUCCACGUUCUAGUUGGGGCUGGAAUGACAGCCCUUGCAGUGUGAAACAGAAGUCAGUUUGUCAGAUGAAGAAAAUAUACGUAUGAGAAAGCAUUCACCAUGGACACGUGAUUGCAUUUUUAUCCACUAUUACACAGAUCCCUAGAGCAUUUUUCAUGUCAAAGAGAGGGUUACAGAAUUUAAAUAGGCAGCAAAUGGUUAUACAUGUGAGGACAGCAUGUCUGCUUGCGUAUUCAUCCACUUAGUCCUACACACGAUGACCUUUCUCUAGGAUUUCCCGUGUGCCAGGUCACUGCACAUUGGUCGUUUUGUGCACAUAUGGGGCUUUCAUUUCCCCUUCAAGCUUUCAUUAACUCCCACAAUUGUAUGCUAUGUUCUUCCCAUUUAUCGGUUUUUUUUCUUCCUCUGUCUUACUCUGCCUUUGGCUUUGUUGACAUGCACUUGAGAAAUAAAAUUAUGUACAUUUAAA